AUGGCAACGAAGUCUGAACAUCGACGUCCUCCAGAAGGUACAUCAAGAGGUUUACAUGAACAGAUUGAUACUCAUUCUCCCGACGAAACUCAAAUCAAUGGAUUCGAUGAGAACAGUUCAUGUCCUCCAAUGUCAAUGUCUUAUGAGGCUAAUAAGCCUCAAAGUAGUAGCAAAAAUGCUUUAACGAAUUGUGAAAACGGCUCACAACCAGCAAUUGAUCGAACUUAUCAAGCAUCAUUCCGACGUAGGAGUACUCGAGCAUGCGCCAUAAAGGCAGCUGAACGAAUUAAGUUAAAAGAAUCGCUUACUCCGAUUAUGGAUGGUUUAGCCUCUAAUAGCGGAGAAGGAUAUAUGUCGUGUGAUGAGGAUAUAAAUGAAGAUGGUCCGAAACCACCAAAGGUGAGAAGAAUGGCUGAAGGGAAUUGUCUCGAUCAGAUGAAUAGUAGGUUUGGAAUUAAAAUGGACGGCGAUGAUGUUUUAUUAAUGACGAGUGAAUCGGAAUUUUCUAGUUUAGAUGGUGAAGAGUUCGAACAAAUCAAAAAAUCUUAUGAGAAAACAGUGCAUAAAGAAAUGGCUGAAAACCAACGGCGUGAAACUGAAAUGCAAGUGAAAAAACUUGAGGCUGAAUUGAGAGCAGAGGAGGCUAAGUUGAUAAUACUUAAAAAAGUGAUGCUUAGUCAGAAAGUAUCCUUUAAACAACUACAAGAAGCAAAUGUUCGUAAAAUGACAGCGAACGUAUCACAGAAUGGUAGUGGUAACGCUUAUAAACCACCAGUUGCGACACCUCAUAAUCGUACGAAUGUAAAUUCAUCAACGUGUCAGAGCAAAGGUUCUUCAUCUAUCAACAGUUCACGUGUUGCAGCAUCAGCAGCUCAAGCUCUGAUGAAUUUAACACCACAACAACAGCAGUUACUUCAAAAUGCAGCUAAAAGUGGUAUAUUGAAUACGGUUGCUGCGCAAGCCCUAUUGCAACAAGUUCAGCAGGCGCAGAUGAAUGGGCGUGUAAAUCCUCAGCAUGCAGCUGCAUUGGCUGCAUUUGCUCAACAGCAACAUCCAUCUAGAGGCUCGAAUGUGGCGAAUCCAUCCUCAGCCAAAGAGUCCCCAGCUCAGAAGGCUGCCGCUGCGAAGCUAGCACUUCAUCGACAGCUAGAACAACAAUUAUUGCAGAUACCACCACCGCAACCUGCGCCACCCGAUAUGCAUUUCAUACCUAAUGGCAACCAACCUGAUUUUUUUAUCACAUUUGCUAUUACUAUUAUUCUUUGUUAUCGUUAUUUAAGGCGAGUCAGUGAAGAACCGUACAUAUGUGAAGAAUGUGGUAGCGAUUAUACUCCAAUAUGGAGAGCCAUUGGUGCAGAUAGUGAUUCAUUGCACUUAUAUUGUGAGGCUUGCGUGAAAGCAGCUCAAAAAAAGAAAAUGCGUCUCGAUCAUACGGCUGUAUUAAGAUCAGCUUUCAACAAAGUCCUGGAGAAAGAACAGGAAUUGGAUAAACAAAUAGCAGAGGGAAAAUAUGAUAAUCCUGCUCCAUCAUCUUCGACGCCUCGAUCAGGAACUCCUGCAGCCACACCACCUUCAAGUAAGACGCAAAUAUCGAUAUCUUCUGCACAGGCUAAUACAUCGAAAUCAGUUUCAUCUUCAUCUCAAGGUCAUCCCCACCAUCACUCUCAAUCUAAUAAACAUAGUAGCCAUAGACGGCCAAAUAUUGGGACGUCAUCAGGAAACAAUGCACUUACGUCUCAUAAUGCUGGUGCCGCAGCUGCAGCGCUUGCAGCUACGUCAUCUAAUACAAAUCCAAGUGUCUUAUUACAACAGCAGAUGGCUGCAGCGGCUGCUCUGAGGCAUACAAAUCCAAUGCUUGCGGCAAUGAUGGCUAAUCCGUUACUUAAUGCUCCUAAUAUGUUACAGAUGCCGUGGAAUCCGUUAUUACAACAGCGGUUACCGAAUUUCGCAAUGGCUGCCCUGGCCCAAGCUGUUCAUAGUGCUCAACAAAGUGGUGGUGCAAACGUGGCAAAUCCGAAUUCAGCUGCGGCAGCAGCUGCAGCUGCAGCUGCAGCUUCUCUUAAUCCACUUACUGCGUUGGCAGCUACAAUGAGUCCAGCAGCAGCUGCUAUGUUUAGUAAUCCUCAAAUGGUAAGGCAGUUCCAACAAGCUCAACAAGUUAUUCAUCGGAAUAUCCUUUUAGAAUAUGCCAAAAAUCAAUCGAAAAAAUAG